ACCUUUACUACUUCAAGAGUAAUAAAUAAUGUGAAAAUGUCACAACUUUAUGUUACAUUUUGCGUAUUCCCAAAAAGAUGUAAUUUAGCGCUGGGUCAUGUUUUCAUUCUAAAGGUGCGAUAUUAUCUAGUUGGCUUUAAACGUCUACUAUAUUGCCCAAUAUAACUAAACGAAGAACUUAUUUUCAUUAAUAUUUUCCGUUUAGAAAAAAACUGUGUCCAUCCGAAGAAAUACGUGGUUUAAAAAGGACACUAUAUUGAUUGUAUAGAAAAAUUUUAAAAGAAUUGCAACACUUCAUAAUGACUUUGCGUGUUUGGUAUCAUAGUGGGGUUCAAAAUUAAAGACUUGUAAUUAAGUAAUUGAGUUUUUUCUUCAAAUAUAAAGAAUGGUAGGAAUGUCUACAAAGCAUACAUCAAAAAUGUUUGCGACAAGAAUUGGUCUGGCUUUCGCCUUCGCUACUAUUGUUGUGACGGCCGGUCACCAUCUCCGCAAGAGGUCUCCAGACUCUAUGGAGGUUCAGAUGCCUAGCUACUCCUCGGACAGUAACGAGGAUAAGAUGAAAGACGAGGGGGAUUACUGGCAAGGCGAGGGGGAUAGGAUGAAUGAACGACAAGAGGAUGCCCAGGAAGACAGAGAGAACAAGAAUGAAAAAAAUCAAGAAGACUUCAAUAAAGAAAAAGACUACCGCGAAGAAGAAAAUGACAAUAAUAACAAACAAGCCGAAGAAGAUUACAACGAAGGCAAAGAUCGCCUCGAAUCGAAACAGGCAGAAAAUGAUGAACAUAACAAGGAACAUGAUAACGACAAUGACUUUGAAGGGAAAGCCACUGAAUCUGGCGAAGAAUUUAACAGGGAAAUGGGACAGAAAGAAGACAGAUAUGAAGAGAAAGGCGCAGAUGGCAUGAACGACAGACAAGAGAAGAUGGAAAACUACGAUGCUAAAGAACAAGGUCCUUCUAUGAGUUAUAACAGAGAUUAAAAAAAAUCAUAUUAUUAUCCACCAAAAUGCGAAAUUAAAAUGGUAAGGU